CUGGGGGGGGGGAAUACCCAUCACCCUUUCCUCUGACAGAUACUCUCGGGAUAGGUUAGGGAGUCUAGUCCAUCCAUCGUCUCCUGCAAGAGGGGGUCUAAUUCAGAGACCCCCCCCCCAGCCUUUUGGGCACCAGGGACCAAUUCCACGGAGAGAGGUUUUUCCAUGGACCGGAGGGUGCGUGGUUUGUGUGCUGCCUGCAUCCCUUGGAUGGGGCUUUGCUUGUUUGUGCGGACCGGUUGCUGGCAUGCCGUGGCCCAGUACGGUCCAUGGACACAGGGUUGGGGACCACUGGUCUAAUUCCUUCCUGGAUCAAAGAGUCCUAACAGAUAUUCCAGGGACAUCUCCUUCUGGGAGAGAAGGGAUGGGUUUACAGGGGGACAUUAUCUGGGAGGAGAUGGGAGAAGAGGUGGGUUUUUUGUUUGUUUUUUGGGAGAAAUCUGCUUCUAAAGAACGUGAUGCGGCAUGAAGAGAGAUAGUCUGAUAUGGACCGAUGGGCAUUAUUAGGCAGCUUGAGGAUUAGACCACAUCCCGAGUAAAAAUUUUGGAAGAGAGUUGUGGAGUUUUGUUGGAGAACCGAAUGGGCAGGAGGGAUGAAAAGGAGUCCUGAAGGUUCAAUGGACGGGCAUAAAGGAGAACGUUCUUGGGCGUCGUGAUUGGGGAGAUAAGUUGGAGGUCAAGCAGUGGGCCUCUUAGGAGGCACGCAGAGGUUGUGGGAAAGGGGAGUGGGCUUUUGGACAGAGACCUACCCCCCCUUGUGUGAAAUGAUGCCUUAGUUGGGACAGAGGACAGGUCUUGGGUGCGAGAGAAGCGCCUUGAGGAACGUGCAAGUGGGAACGAUUAAUGAGGCAUUUCUGGCAAAGAAGGGGAACUCAGGACGUUGCGGAAGUGUUACUGAGCAGAAGAAUGGGGGAGUGGAAUUUGGAGAAGGGGGAAGACCCAGAAAAGAGAGGGUGAAAGCAUGCGGAGGAUUUUGUACCUGUUUGGUAGAAAAACCAGCCUCGGAGAAUUGCUGGUUGCAAAAUGAUCAGGAGCUGCGAAUGGCACGAGGAGGAGGAGGAGGAGUAGGAGGGGAGCUCAAAAAGGAGGAAGCGAUUUCAGCGGUUAUGCAAUGAAGCAGAUUUGUCUGUCGGAAUGCUUUUGCAGACAGCAGAUUUAUCAGCCGCUCGAUGGGGAUUUGCAUCACCUCUUCACCUUUGUGUAGCCAGAAGAACGACUUCAGCACCUCUUCAUUUAUAAUUAUGAAACUGGUAUUAACUGAAUGGCAAUUAUGGAUUUUUAACUCUAGAUCCCAGUAAGCAAAAAGCAAAAAAAAAAAAAAAAAACCACGGAAUCCAGCCAAGCCAUAUGUUGAAAAUUUUCUUUCUUUCUACCAAAUAAGUUGGAUGUUCCUCUGAAUGUUGGAAAGCCUUUGUGAAGAUUCGAUGCCAAAACCCGUUUUGCGCCCGAGGGGAAUUACAAAUACCGCUUGCACACGAAGGGACGGGACGCCAUGAGGAGCAGCGGAAGGCACCCUAAUUUAUCGCUAGAGAUGAUAGAGUUAUUUAUAUAGAGGUUUUAAAAAGAAAAAGAAAAGAAAAAAGGAAGAAGAAAAAUAAUAAUAAUAAAUCUUAUAGAUAUAUCUAAAAAAAAUAUAUGUAUUUUUUAUGGUGAUAAAAAUGGCUCCCCAGAAUGCUGACUCAGAAUCUAUGCAAGUCCAAGAGCUUCCCGGCAUUCAGCUCCAGAAACCCGGAAAGGAGCACGAGAGCAAAGAAGAGACUGUAAGCGAAGGAUCCAUAGACCGUAUCCCGGUGCGGCUAUGGGUGAUGCACGGCGCCGUCAUGUUUGGCAGAGAAUUUUGUUACGCCAUGGAGACAGCUUUGGUGACGCCAGUAUUGUUACAAAUUGGUCUUCCUGAACAGUACUACAGCCUCACCUGGUUCCUUAGUCCAAUCCUGGGCCUGAUCUUUACCCCCUUAAUUGGUUCAGCCAGCGACCGCUGCACCCUCAGCUGGGGCCGACGACGACCGUUUAUCCUCGCCCUUUGCAUUGGGGUCCUGAUUGGCGUUGCCCUUUUCUUAAACGGAUCCGUUAUUGGUCUUGCUAUCGGAGAUGUCCCGGACAAACAGCCCAUCGGCAUCGUCCUCACUGUGCUCGGCGUGGUGGUGCUGGAUUUCUGCGCUGACGCCACCGAGGGGCCCAUCCGCGCCUAUUUGCUGGACGUGGUGGACAGCGAAGAGCAGGAUAUGGCCCUCAACAUCCAUGCUUUUUCAGCCGGCCUAGGAGGAGCCAUUGGCUACAUGCUGGGCGGCCUCAACUGGAUGCACACCGUCUUAGGCAGCGUCUUCAAAUCCCAAGAGCAGGUCCUCUUCUUCUUUGCCGCCAUUAUCUUCUCCGUUUCCGUUGUCCUCCACCUGUGCAGCAUCGAAGAAGAGCAAUACAAUCCUCAGCAGGACCGGAUGGAUGACGAGGCAGAGACCCUGUCAAGUGUCAAGCUGAGCGGCAGCCUCCCUCCCUUCAAUCGUCUCAACGUCAUCAACGAGGAGGACCCUUACGGGAACUCCCUCUUCCCCGACGAGGUCCAGUCCGAACAAGACCUCAACAUGGAGUUCCUCGAGGUGGACAUUGUCCGGAGUAAGAGCGAUUCGGUCCUGCACAUGCCGGACGCCACCCUUGACAUGGAAUCGGAGCUCCUCUUCCUUCACGAAAUUGAACCUUCCAUUUUUCAGGAUUCGUCCUACCCGGCGACCCCGCACAGCACCAGCCAAGAGCUCAUGAAGUCCAAAUUCAACCGCUUGUCCGCUUUCCUCAGGGAGAACGAGAAGGAGGAGGAGAUGUUACUUGAGAACCCCUUGACCGAGGCCAAAGUCCCCAACGGGAACGGCUCCCUACCAAAAGAUCUCUUGAACGGACAUGUCCGGGUGGGCAUGAAGCCGUCGUGCACCUCAAACUCCAUGCGCCGGCGACGGCACAUGUUCUACCGCCAGCCUUCUAACACCUUCUCCUACUACGGGAAGAUCGGGUCCCACCAUUACCGGUUCCGGCGGGCCAACGCCGUGGUCUUGAUCAAGUCCUCUCGGAGCAUGAACGACAUCUACGACAUCCAGAAGAGGCAGCGGCAGAGAUGCCGGCACCGGAAUCCGAGCGGCGCCACCAACUCCAGCGGAGACACGGAGAGCGAGGAAGGCGAAACGGAAACCACCGUGAGACUCUUGUGGUUGUCCAUGCUGAAGAUGCCCAAAGAGUUGCUGCGGCUUUGUGUCUGUCACCUCUUGACCUGGUUUUCCAUCAUUGCUGAAGCUGUGUUCUACACCGACUUCAUGGGGCAGGUCAUCUUCCACGGCGAUCCCAAGGCCCCUUCUAAUUCUACCGAACUGCAGGACUACAGUGCUGGCGUCCAGAUGGGCUGCUGGGGGUUGGUCAUCUAUGCUGCUACUGCUGCUGUUUGUUCAGCUUUACUCCAGAAAUACUUGGACAAUUAUGACUUGAGCAUACGAAUCAUCUACAUCUUGGGCACGCUCGGAUUCUCCAUCGGCACCGCAGUGAUGGCCAUAUUUCCCAACGUCUACGUUGCCAUGAUCAUGAUCAGCACCAUGGGAAUUGUCUCCAUGAGUAUCUCCUAUUGCCCGUAUGCACUUCUGGGACAGUACCACGACAUCAAGCAGUACAUCCAUCACAGCCCUGGCAACUCCAAGCGAGGCUUUGGCAUCGACUGCGCCAUCUUGUCGUGCCAGGUCUACAUCUCCCAGAUCCUGGUUGCUUCCGCCCUGGGAGGAGUGGUGGAUGCCGUGGGUUCCGUCCGGGUCAUUCCAGUGGUGGCGUCCGUGGGCUCUUUCUUGGGCUUCUUGACGGCCACUUUCUUGGUGAUCUACCCAGAUGUUGGGGAGAGUUCGAAGGAAGAGCAGAAGGAGUUGGCUCCACCCAGCGUGGCCGAAAGCAGCGGCGGGAACGAGGAGAAGCCCAUGGUGAUCAAGCUCGGUCGCGGGAAGGGAACCGCCGUGCCAGAGGUGGAAGGCGAAUCGGCCGUUUGAAGUUUAUCCCGGCCCCUCAACGCACAUUCCAAGCCAGAACAUCCUUCAAAGCAGAAUUUUAAAUUUUUAGCAGACAAGCCCUGCUGGUUUAAUUUGCAGCAGAGGAUUUUAACGGGGGGGGGGGAGAGAGAAAAGGUUUAUUUCACGCAUUUGUGGAGCCCAGAGAAUUUUCAAGGCGACGGCUUUCUCUACAAUCCAGGAAAAAAAUCUCCUUUCGCCCAGGUAGUUUUAACAAAGAGAAAUGCUUCUUUUUUUUUCUUUUCUUUUUUUUUGGGGGGGGGGGAGGAGGAUUUCCAAGGCAGUUUUUAUCAACAGGCAGGAAAGCAGCCUUCUGUUUGUUUUUUUGUUGUUUUGUUUUGUUUUUUGGUUUUGAAAGUCAUGGCGUUCUUUUCUCUCUCUCUUUUUUUUUUCUCAAAUUAUUCAUUUGGACAAGUUCUGCCUCCCCCCCCCUUUCUCUCUCUCUCUCUAUCUCUCUCUCUCUAUCUCUCUCUCUCUCUUUUUAACAAUUGAAAAACUUAUGGAACUUAAACCGUUCUCGCUUCCGCUUUAUCUUUUCAGGAAAAAGAAAAAAGCUUUUUUUUUUUCUGUUAUUUUGUCCAGGCCGUUUUCCUUCCAGAGAAUCAAAUUGCCUUUGGUUGAAAUUUGCGCAUUUGUAGAAUCGAUGCAAUAUUAAAAUUGACAGCUUUC